AGCACUUCGGUGCCAUAGUGUCAAAAUGGCACCAUGACACUUGCUUCCCCACAUAAACACUUCAUCAUCUUCCCCAAGUGAGCACCACUACUCUACCUCACUGGAUUUCCCUUUCCCUCUCUCACCUCACCAGGUACCUUCAUUUCCAUUUCCCCAAUACAAUUCAAUCUUUUUUCCUUUUAAGAUGAAAAAAACCAUUCGAUUUCAUCAAUUUUCAACAACAUCAAUCCAAUCCCACACAAAAACACACUCUCCUUACCUACCUAUACCUCAUCGAACACUUCCACAACCAAAAGGACAAGACCUAGAUUUCAUCAACAUUUUCCACAGUCACUUCAUCCACUCUCAAUGGGAAAAACUCACUCCUUUCUCUAAAACCUUAACCCCAUUCAAAAUCCAACACAUUCUCUUAAAACUCCAAAACGACGCCGUUCUAUCUCUCAAAUUCUUCAAUUGGGUCCAAACCCAUAACCCUAAUUCUCAUACCCUUCAUACCCAUUCCUUCCUUCUUCACAUUCUCACUAAAAAUCGAAACUUUAAAACCGCACAAUCCAUUUUCAGCAAAAUCAUCACCACCAAUUCAAAUCUCUUUGAAUCAUUGCUUCAUUCCUACACUCUCUGCAAUUCUUCACCUCUUGUUUUUGAUACCCUUUUCAAGACUUUUGCUCAUAUGAAUAAGCUGAGAAAUGCUACCGAUACUUUUGUGAAAAUGAAGGAAUAUGGUUUCUUUCCAACUGUUGAAUCUUGUAAUGCUUUUCUUAGUUCAAUGCUUUAUCUUAAAAGACCGGAAUUGGUUGUAUCGUUUUAUCGUCAAAUGCGGAGAAAUCGUAUUUCUCCUAAUGUUUACACGAUUAAUAUGGUUGUUUCUGCUUAUUGUAAGUUAGGUGAAUUGAAUAAAGCUAGUGAGGUUUUGGAGAAGAUGAAGGAUAUGGGUUUGUGUCCUAAUGUUGUUACUUUUAAUUCUUUGAUUUCGGGUUAUUGUGAUAAGGGUUUACUUGGUUUGGCUUUAAAGGUUAGGGAUUUGAUGAUGGGAAAAAAUGGGGUGUUUCCAAAUGUGGUUACUUUUAACACUCUUAUUAAUGGUUUUUGUAAAGAAGGGAAAUUGCAUGAAGCUAAUAGGGUUUUUAGUGAGAUGAAGUUGGCUAAUGUGGCUCCUAAUGUUGUGACAUAUAAUACUUUGAUUAAUGGGUUUGGUCAAGCUGGUAAUAGUGAAAUGGGGAUUGGGCUUUUUGAGGAGAUGGAGAGGAAUAAAGUGAAAGCUGAUAUUUUGACUUAUAAUGGUUUGAUUUUGGGACUUUGUAAAGAAGGGAAGACUAAGAAAGCUGCUUAUAUGGUUAAGGAGCUUGAUAAGGGUAAUUUGGUACCUAAUGCAUCUACUUUUUCUGCUCUUAUUGCUGGACAGUGUGUGAGGAACAACUCUGAACGUGCUUUUCUUGUUUAUAGAAGCAUGGUUAGGAGUGGUUUUAGUCCAAAUGAGAAUACUUUUCGGAUGUUGGCAUCGGCUUUUUGUAAGAACGAAGACUUUGAUGGAGCUGUACAAGUCUUGAGGGACAUGUUGGAAAGAUUCAUGACUCCUGAUUCUAGUAUUUUAUCUGAAGUUUAUAGUGGACUUUGCAGGUGUGGGAGGAAGCAGUUUGCGUUGAUGUUGUGUAGUGAGAUUGAAGCUAAGCGUUUAUUGCCACAAGGUUUUGACAGAGAAAAAAUAGUCAUCACUGGUUCAGAACAUGAUACAAGCAAUUCAACUUGUUAGGUUGCUUUGCUUGACUAUAGCUUGUAUGAUUUUUGAAGCUAUCAAUUACAUGCUUCACUGUAAAGAACAUUACAUUAAACUAACCACAUAAGAUACAUAUUUUGAGAUUGAUCUGUAAGCACAGCAAGCUCAAUCAACUAGAUGUCCUCCGACUCAAAGUGCAGCAAGCGUAAAAUAGGACAUAAUAAAGUCUGCCGUUAUUCUACGUAAAAAUAUUACUUUGAUGAAGGAAUGUUAUUUCAGUAUGUAGCUGAGCUUGAUGCUUUCCUUAAGUUUCUUAUUUGGAGGUUCUCAAUUUUGGAUAAACCAACUCCUGGCAUUGCUAAUCUGAAGUAUAGAGAUAAGCCUGCACUUCAAUCAAGAGAUAGAGGCAAUGUUAUUGUGCUUCUUCCUCUUUUUAAUUCAUCAUUGGUGAAAAAUCUCCUCCGGCCUUUUUCUAAGGAUAAAUCAUCAAAUUCGGCUGAAGAUAUCCCAUUUUCCCAGGCUACUCCAGUCAUCCUUUUGUUGCUUUACCUUGUCAGCACAUGUACUACAUCUAUAUGAAUAUAUGCUUCAAAGUAAACUGUUUCUCAUUCACGGAUUUCGGCUAAGCAAUACUUGGUCAUUCAUGGAUUUCGGCUAAGCAAUACUUGACAAUUUCUUUCUGCAAGAUAUUGUUACUACUGUCUUCGGACACGAUGUGCUGCUGUUCCAUCAUUUAGGUGUUCAAGGUGCAGUGAGCCAGUGGUUGGUAUGCAUUGACAUGGUAGUGUUUCGACGCAAUAAUUGUUAUUCAGAGAGGAGGAAUAUAUCUUUAGAGUUAGGAAAAAUUUGGUCUAUUUACAGAAUUAUCAUAUAAAACACUGCCGAAAAUUGUGGUGGUAUUUUUUUCCCACUCCAUUUGGUUUUCCCGUACUAUUUACAUGUAAUUAGAAUGAGGUAAAAGAACAAAUCAAAUUUCUUCAUAGCUUCACUUA